UCUAUUCAAGACUUCUUCGCUUUUAUAUUUCCUUCUGUACUAUGUAUAGUCAAUAUGUCGUUCACACAGGAAGAGUGUUCGAAGAUGAUCUUUUUCGUGCAGCUUGUUGAAAAAAAUCCUUGUCUGUGGAAUUACACAAUGAAAUCUUAUUCAAGGGCAGAUGUGACCAGUUUGGCUUGGAAAAAUAUAGCAACUGAAAUGAAGGAAACUGAACAGAUUUGUCGUGACCGAUGGAAAAACAUCCGCACUGCUUUUGGAAGGUCAUUGAAACCUUUGAAAUCUGGAUCGGGAAGGCUAAAGAAACCAUAUUAUUUGGCCCCCCAUCUCUCAUUUCUUCGCCCGUACAUGAAAGGGGCUCCUUCUGGGAAUGUAUCUCCACUUGAGGAAAAUGAAGACAGCAUGGCAGCUUCAAAUGCAACGCUGACCACCACAGACCAUCAGGAAAUGGAAAGUUGUGAAAUGUCGGAAGAAAUGUGUGAUUUGGUUGAUUGUGAUGUGGUACUACAAUCAACUCCUCCUAAAAGAAAAGCCGAAGCCAGCAACAGCGAUGCCCAUAAAGUAUAUGCUGACUGGCUGGAAAUUAAACAAUUUAAUGAAAUGAAGAGAAACUGGGAGUCAUCAGCUGGUGAUGCUGACUGGAUGUUUUUUCAAUCCAUCCUCCCUGAUUUCAAGAAACUUAGUGACAGGCGUAGGAGAGACAUGAAAGCAAAAUUCCUGUUGCUUUUGAAUGAGCAGCUGGAUGAAGCUGAGAAUGAUACAUCGUGAUUUUCCUCAUCAUGGACUGCGUCUAAUUAACAAAUUCAUGCCACUACACAGAAUUAAUCAUCCACUGCUACAAGAUCGAUGGUGACAGAUUUCCCCUCAAAUCCGACAAUGCUUCUUGUGAAUACACUUCAAGCAGAAUUACAUUCUACCUGAGGAUAUGGAGCAGUUGUUACUUUUUAACUUGUAACCAUUGUUUACAUUAUGAGGUGACAAAAGUAAUGGGAUAGUGAUGUGCUUAAAUACAGAUAAUAGUAACAUCAUGUACACAAGGAAUAAAAGGGCAGUGCAUUUGCAGAGCUACCAUUUGUGCUCAGGUGAUUUGUACGAAAAGGUUUCUGAUGUGCUUAUGGCCACACGACAGGAAUUAACAGACUCUGAAUGUGGAAUGGUAGCUGGAGCUAGAUGCAUGGGACAUUCCAUAUUGGAAAUCGGGAAUUCAAUAUUCUGAGAUCCACAGUGUCGAGUGUGCCGAGAAUACACAAUUUUAGGCAUUAUCUCUCACCAAGGACAACACAGUGCCCUUUACUUAAUGACUGAGAGCAGCAGUGUUUGCAUAGAGCUUGAAAACAAAUCGAUUAGACCCUAAAUGACUGGAAAAUCACAGCCUGGUGAGAUGAGUCCAAGUUUCAGUUGGUAGGAGAUGAUGGUAGGGUUUGAGUGUGGUGUAGAGAUCUUGAAGCCAUGGACCUAGGUUGUCAACAAGGUAUUGUGCAAGCUGGUGGUGCCUCCAUAGUGGUGAGGGCUGUGUUUACAUGGAAUGGACUGGAUCCUUUUGUCCAAUUGAACCAAUCAUUGCUGGAAAUGAUUAUGUUUGGCUGCUUUGAGACCAUUUACAGCCAUUCAUGGUUUUCAUGUUUCCAAAUGACAAUGGAAUUUUUAUGGAUGACAAUGAUUCAUGGAACUUGACCACAGUUGUUAGAGAAUGGUUUGAAAAACAUUCUGAAUGUUUCGAGCAAAUGAUUUGGCCAUUCAGAUUGCCCAACAUGAAUUCCGUCAAACAUUUAUGUGGCAUAAUUGAGGGGUUAGUUUGCGCGCAAAAUUUGCACUGGCAACACUUGUGCAAUUAUGGGUGGCUGUAGUGGUAGCGUGGUACGGUAUUUCUACAGGGGACUUCCAGCGACUUGUUGAGCCCGUGCCCCAUUGAGUUGCUGCACUACGCCGGGAAAAAGGAGGUCUGACGUGAUAUUAGGAGGUAUCCCACGACUUUUGCCACCUCCGUGUAUACGUACAGUCUUAAACGUAAAACAUGGCCGCCAGCCGGCUGCCACAAGACUAAGUCCAAGUUUUCCACUUAGUCUCCCAUAAAAGUGGCUGCUCCUUAGAAUUCAAAAUCUGCGUGAUCUGGCAACACUGUAAGAUGUGGAAGAGUUUACUCAAGCUGUACAGUGCUGUAUCUGCUAGUGGUCUAGUUGUAAAUGUCACACAAUAGAGACACAAAGUAGUGAAUUAAAGUCCACUCAUUCCUUUAUUUUGGAACUGAAAUUUGGCUGUCUAUUAAAGGUGUAAGUAUCAUGGAACAUCAAAAAUAAUGUUACAUUUUCUAAGUACAACUAAUAGCAAAACCACAAACAAAAGAGCUCAUCGCUGUGUUAUGAUCAGAACUGUUUCUGCUACACUUUCCUUGUCCUAAAGUGGCUACUGUCCACCUUGAUGCCAGCUACUAUCUGACCAGCUGAUCAUGGUGCACUUUGGCACAUUUCUGCUUGUACAUUGUUAGCAGAAAAUUAUUUCUUAUUGUUCUUUGAUUUUCCAUGCAGAGUACAUUCAAUAAAUUGAGUGAAGACCAUGCAGCUACACAGGAUGCUUAGUUUGCUGUGGGUGUGUUUAUGAAGUAUCAUUUUCUGAUUUAAAGUUCUAGUAUUUAUUGUGGGGUUAUCGAUUGGAAUUUGUUUACUUCAGUCUUAUGGAAGUUGCUUAAGCAUUGUAAAACAGUUGAAGGUGGAAGAAAAAUGCCUAACAUUUGGGACAUGUUGUU